CUGACGAUGGCCUUAUAAGUCCCGUGCUGUCUCGGCUGCCCGACUUUCUUCUCACUUUUCCUUUUCCUUUCCUUUCCUUGCUUCUUUUCUUUCAUAGUUUGCUAAAUGAUUCCUCUCCAUCUCCUCUAGAACUUGAGGAACUCCUAUUGGUCUAUCAGUUGAUUGUACCAUAAACAACCCCCUUGUAUAACAAGUUCACAACCCCCCCCCCCGAGUAUUUCCAACGAUCUUCAUCAGCCUCCAUCAUGGGGUCCUUAAAGGAUGUUGAGGCCUCCCAUGAUGACCACAAGGAUGCCACAGCCGUGGAGAUGGAUGAUAUCCUCCAGGACCCGAAGGGCACCGCCGCCUUUAACGAGGCUGCCAUGGAUAUGGAACUCCAACAACUGGAGAACCAGCUGCGUGAAUUGAAGAAGUCACGCUUCGACGUCGCGCUUUCCAACCCGGCCUACUUCACUUAUAUCUUAGUCGCAUUUGCCUCCUUGGGAGGUUUGCUCUCUGGUCUGGACCAGUCCUUGAUCAGUGGUGCCAACCUCUACAUGCCCGAUGACCUGCACUUGUCUGACUCGAACGCCAGCUUGGUUAAUGCCGGUAUGCCGUUGGGUGCCGUGGGUGGAGCGCUAAUUCUUUCUCCGGCCAACGAAUACUUGGGCCGUCGUAUGGCUAUUAUCGUAUCGUGUAUCCUCUACACCAUUGGUGCUGCCUUGGAGGCCGGCGCGGUCAACUUUGGCAUGAUGUUUGCGGGUCGUUUCAUUCUGGGUAUGGGUGUUGGUUUGGAGGGUGGUACCGUUCCGGUUUAUGUUGCUGAAUGUGUCCCAUCAAGGAUCCGUGGUAACCUGGUCUCGCUUUAUCAACUAAACAUUGCUCUGGGCGAGGUUCUUGGCUAUGCGGUUGCCGCCAUCUUCCUCGACGUCAAGGGCAACUGGCGCUAUAUUCUUGGCUCAUCCUUGGUCUUCUCAACCAUCCUUCUCGUCGGAAUGCUUUUCUUGCCCGAAAGUCCUCGUUUCUUGAUGCACAAGAACAAGCCGGUGGAAGCGUAUGGCGUUUGGAAAAAGAUUCGUGGCUUCGAGGAUAUAGAUGCCAAGAGUGAGUUCUUAGGUAUGCGACAGUCGGUGGAGUCGGAGAACGAGGAACAGCAGCACACCAAGAAGUACGCCUGGAUGGACUUCUUUACUAAUCCUCGUGCUCGCCGCGCCAUGGUCUACGCCAACAUCAUGAUUGUCCUUGGCCAGCUAACGGGUGUCAAUGCCGUUAUGUACUACAUGGGUACUCUCAUGGAAAACAUCGGUUUCGAUAAACGUAACAGUGUCUUCAUGUCGCUGGUGGGUGGUGGUUCUUUGCUGAUCGGCACAAUCCCGGCGGUCAUGUACAUGGAGAAAUUCGGCCGGCGUUACUGGGCCAAUACCAUGCUGCCGUGUUUCUUUAUUGGUCUUGUUUUGGUUGGUGUGGGUUAUCAAAUCAACCCCGAUCGAAACCCCGUGGCCGCCCAGGGGGUCUACCUCACUGGCAUCAUCCUCUACAUGGGUUUCUUUGGCUCAUACGCUUGUCUGACCUGGGUUAUCCCAUCCGAGGUGUUCCCCACCUACCUUCGUAGUUAUGGUAUGACUACUGCCGACGCCAACCUUUUCCUCUGCUCGUUCAUCGUCACAUACAACUUUACCGCUAUGAUGAAGUCUAUGACCCGUAUCGGUCUCACUCUAGGCUUCUACGGUGGCAUCGCCGCACUCGGCUGGGUUUACCAAAUCAUCUUCAUGCCAGAAACUAAGAACAAGUCUCUGGAAGAGAUUGACGAGUUGUUCUCCAAGCCCACGUCAUACAUCGUCAAGGAAAACAUGAAGAGCACUGCGCAGGUCAUCCGGGACCUCUCCCAUUUCCGGUUCAAGAAAGUGUUCAGCCCUUAGUUUAAACAGAGGGACCUGUUAUUAUCUUAAUUUACUUGGGGCUGUGAUGUAUGCCGCCGGGGAUAACUCUCUUCUUCAACGAUUCCGAAGCAGAGGUGAUGAGCAAUGUUGUGUUAUGAUCUGUAUGCAUCGUGUUAUGUUUGCAUGCCUAGGGGUAUUCCUAUCCGCAGCAGACAUUGAUCUUUUGGUUAUCAAUGUAUGUACUAAAUCAACACUUCUCUCAAAUGGAGCACUAAGAUGCCACGAACCCUUUCUGGCGGUGAUACUAUCCCAAAAUCACAAUAUUAAAACGGUAGCCUGUGGUUUAACUUUCAGAUGGCGUUUAGGGUAGAUGCUCUCUAUACUCUAUCUAGCUCGGUCACUAUCCUAUAUGCCGUACCUUAGCCCCCUGAAAGACCUCGGGGCUUGCUAGAAUGGAUAGACUAGUUAUAUGAACCAGGUUUAGGGCCGACGUGUAUCACGGGUAAGGAAUCUUAGCAAUAGGUGGCCUUUUGAACUAGCGUAUUUUUCAGACUAAACUUGACU